GAUUCUUUUAUAAAUAACAAUCUCGAGACAUUCAAGUAUCGUUCAAAGGAUAUCAUAAAAUAAAUACAGGUCUUAGCAUUUAUAUCCUCUUCCAAUGUAUACAGCAAUAUGUGUAUAUCUUUUUUUAGGUAUGAGAAACACCAUGAUUCUUUAAUUUCCAUUUCUUAUGAUGAAAGUCGACAAAGACAUACCUAGUCUUAGGUUUCUUCUUUUCAUUAGUGAUAUUUAAUCACAGAGGUGAAUGAUUAUACCUUUUGACACAUUCCUUUCACGUAAAGCCCCGAUCGCUUUUUUUUCAAUUGAAGCGUUUAGGAUGACUAUCUAAUGAAAAUUCUUAUAGAUCUAAUUGAUGAGAGGCAAUAAACAUAGAUUUUGAUCCAAGUUUGUCACCUGGCAAUUUUCUCAUUAUUGCAUUUUCCAAGAAGUAUGGGGCCGAUUACAGUAAUGCAACUUAUCCACCCCUGAUUAUGAUGCCCGUGAUUGCGUACGAUUACUGUGCUGUGUUUUCCGAGAAUUCCUGUGCGUCCAAGCAGUGAAGUGGAGUGUGAAAUAAAACCCACACAACCAGAAAUCGAUUUAACCGAACUUAGCUUUCUUCCGAAACAAAACGCGAAAAUGUUAGAAAUAAAUUGAUGUAUGACAUUACAGUGAUGCGUUCACGCACACAGUCUUUAAAUUGCGGAGUUCCGAAACGGCAUCGUACUGCUGUACCGCAACUAUCAAACAUGUUUGUGUUACUGAAAAAUGGAGGUAGAAUCUCCGUGAAUAUUUCAAAAGGAAGGAUUAUAUUACAUCGUUUGAAGAGGAGCGAGUGCUACGAAUGGUAUUCAUCUCAAUUGAGGAGCUAUCUAACCCCAAUUCAUCGGUCUAUUUAA